AAAUACAGUACCAAUCAAAAGUUUGGAAACACUCAUGCAGUUGAAUGGAAAGGUGUGUCCAAACUUUCGAAUUCUUCCGACAAAUAUGAAAACUUCAAAGUACUGAAUGUGGAUGCAUUAAUGUCAAUGAGAGAACUCCAUUACAAAAAAAAAUCCAAAUUAUUUUAAUGAUUAUUAUUUGGUGUAUUAUUUUAAUAAUAUAAGACAGUAUUAAACAAUUUAUAGGAAAGUUAAGUAGGCAUUAGGCAAUAGAGGUCGCUGUCAGUUUUAUGCGCCAUCUUUAUUUUGGUCAACUGACGUUUAAUUGUGACGACUGCUGUUCUUUUCUGUGAUUGGUUCAAUGACGUGACGCAAAAGGUCACGUAUAUUUGGCGCUCUUCCUUCGCAACUCGUCUGGUCUGGCGCGUUUUUGAAACAGUCGUCCGGAGUCAUGUCUUUUCAACGCCAAACUUAAACAUUUCAGCAAACUACAACUUUAGCGACUUCCUCUUUGUGGUCGUACGUUCGAGGGCAACAUGGGGAUAUUGUACGGACCUGUUUUGGGAACUGUUGAGCGGCAAAGUUUCUUUGAUAAAUUGUCUAGCGUGUUUUGCUAGCUUGUUGUUUUUCUAGUGCGUUGCAUUAUAUGCUCUCAAACAAGCAAAUGCUCGUCUCAGACUGUGGAUGUUUCUUUUGCUGUCGACGCCGGGACGUCAAUUGGACACAGAGUCAGGAUUGUUUCUUAAGUUUUUAGUGUAUACGGUGUCUCUAAAGUAUGGCUGGUGUGGUGGCAAUGGCAUCUGUCAUAGAGGACUUUGACACCCAGCCUUGCAAGAAAUCUAGCAAAGAUGGUGGCAAUGCGGUUGUCAAAACGAUCACCAGCUACUUCUCCCCUGUGGCCAAAGCUGUAGAGAAACCUUUCUCGCCCCCUCGCUCCAAUAACAUCAUGGACUACUUCAGCCGUGGGGCACUGACCUCCAAAGCGAAGACCAGCCCAUCAGAACAGCCUAAGGAGAUCAAUCAUAAGUCUGCAGAGAAACACCCCAGCGCAGAGGCGGCAGUGAAGCAGCCGUCUCUCAAACGGAGAAGGAAGGCCACUAAAGCUGUGAGGAAACUUGUGGCGGUUGAGGCUGUCAGCCCGGCUGAUGAUGACAGCUGCUUUAUUGUGGAGGAAUCGCAUGAAAACAUGAUCUCGGUGAGGGAAUCCAGCAGUUUGUGUGGUGUCCUUGGUAGUGAUACUGCUGCGCUGCUGGCCCAACUUAGCUCUGAGACUUGUAAUGGAACACAAGAGACACAAAAAGAUCAUGAACAUCAUGGUGAUGCCUCUAGCUGUGGAAAAAAUACAUCCGCUUUAGUUGUGAAGGACAAACCUGCCAAAACGUCUGUGCGCAAUUCAAGGAAGAGCAAACAAAAAGAGGCAAAUCGUUCCGAAUCCGAGGAGAAAGUGGCAGACAGUUGUCUUUGUGAUGCUAACAUGGAGGUGGAUGUGAGCAAGGACUCUGAGUUGAACAGUAGCACCGUCAUGAUCUCCUUCGAGGAUUUUGUGCGCAGUCAGAGUGAGGACAAAGGUGAAGAAAGUGUGCAGUGUGAGGGAAAUAAAGCGCUUAAAGACUUUGAUGGAAUGGACAGCUCCAAAUCUGAAGAGGCAUCUAAGGAGCUCUCUAUCCAAAUCUCACCUCGAACCAUCACCAUAGAGGCUCAAAUGCACACCAUUUCCCACAAGGAGGUACCAGAGAAUCCUGCGCGAAAGGCAUCAUCGCUAACCAACAGGAGAAAGGGUGCGAGAAGCCCUGUAAAGGAAUCUCAGCCGACUGGUAAGCGGAAAUCCAAUGUUGUUCUUGAGGAGGAGGAUCUUGACUUAGCUGUGCUUGAGAGUGAAUCCACACCUAAAUGCCCUGAUGCAGAGAAGAGGCAGUUCAUGGCUGCCUUCAGGCAGCCCAGCCUGGAUGGGUCUAAAGCAAAGCUGGGCAAGAACCAGGCCAAACAAAAGCAACCCGCAGAGAACGAUGUUGAUACAGUCAGAACAGAGGGAAGUGAAACCCCGGAAAACAAAAAAGCUCCAAAACCAAAAAGAAAAGGGAAGAAGGCAGAGGAGACUUUGACCCCUAAAUCUGAAAACAAUGGACAGGAGCAAGAUGCUUCACAUCCCCUCAUCCCUCCUGUGAGGAGGUCUAGAAGAGAGGCUGUGGUCAGGCAGGCCCUCAAAGCUUCACCAGCAACUGGAGAUGUUUCAAAGGAUUCUGCUGCUUCUCCCAAAGAGACACUUGUUAAGUUAGCCACCCCUAAAACACGAAAGUCCAAACAUGGAGUCUACAUUGUGGAGAUGGUUUGUCCUCCAGACUGUAAAGAGAGUCCAAUCAGGAUUAAACUGACAAGGGUUCAUCAAAAUGUAUGUGGCAGUGACAAAAACCCUCCACUGACCUCUAAUGCAUCAAAUGACUCAAAAAAGCAGAAGAAGGCAAAGAAACUAGUGGAGAAAGCAAAGGCCUUUCAACAGACUAAGAAAGCUGCUGCUGUUGAGGUUAACAACACCUUACGGCGUUCAUCAAGAACUGAGGCCGCCAUCGCAAAGAGUUAUUGUGAAGACGAGGAUUCUGUCAUCUGCCUCGAGGAGGAAGAGACUGCUUCUCCCCAGAUUAGACAACAAAAGAGUAAAACUCAGAAGUCACUACGCAGCCUCAAUGACGUUCUGGGCAAAGACACUAAAGCUCCUCCAGGCUCCAAGGUUGCCGUGCCGAGCCAAGAGAAGAACGCUCGUAAGUUGUCUGUUGCGAGUUCCAUCUUUGAUGAGAGCAGCCAAGAGGGUUCGGAAAACUCCCAGGAUGAUGAACAAUUCAGGGCCCGGAGAGAGUUCUUGAAAAGCGGCUUGCCUGAUUCCUUCAAGAAGCAAAUUGCCAAGGCCACUGCCACCAAGGAGGCGUAUGCCCUUUCCUGUUCCUCUUUCCAACCUGUCAUACAUUUGACACAACCUCCCGCAGAUUGCCCCUUAUGGAGUCUACCCUGGCCUGAGUCUCCAAAACUCUGUCAUCUCAAAGAGCUUUGCAUCCAAGUGUCCAAGCCACCGCCAUCUCUGAUCGGGUCCUUUGCUGUGAAAAAAGAACCAGACGUCAGAGACUUCCAUGAACGAAGCUCUGGCUGGAGGCCUGAGAUGUCUGAAAAUGUUCGCCAGAUACUUGUGGAGGAGGUCAUCGCUUCAAACCCUCCUUUCCCCUGUAAGGCAUUGCUGCCUCGCCUCUUGGCCAGACGUGCCGAUCACCAGCAUUACUCAGAGGCUGGAAGCACACAGUCAUCAGUGGAGCCAGCAGGAGGGAAGAGGAAGAGAAUGGAUGAUGAGGGGUCCAAAGUAGCUAAGAAGCAGCGGGCCACCUAUCUAGAUGUUUCUACCCUCAAGACGGAGCCGCCUCAGAGGGGAGCCCGCACGAGACGAUCUCAGAGAGGAGCCAAACUGCAUGCGGAAGCGAGCAAAGACAAGCUUUUGCCCGGAACAUCUAAUGAUGUUGUGGUUGUGCUCGAUGACUUGCCUGAGGACACUGAGACAAAAGAAGGAGGAAAGGAGGACGUCUUGUGGACAGAAAAAUAUCAGCCGCAGCACUCCAGUGACAUCAUUGGCAACACAUCUUCAGUGCGGAGGCUUCACAGUUGGCUGAAGGAAUGGAAGCUCCAUGCAGACAGAGAGGAGAGGAAUAAGCAGAAGGAGAAGAAGCAAGAGGAAGGCAGCAAUGACUCUGACUGGGACUGUGGAGAGGACUCCCCCCUGCUUGCAGAGGACACUUUAUGCAAUACAGUCCUCAUCACAGGACCCACAGGGAUAGGCAAGACGGCCACAGUCUAUGCCUGUGCUCAGGAGCUGGGAUUUAAGGUAUUUGAGGUGAAUGCUUCCUCUCAGCGGAGUGGCCGUCUUAUCCUUUCCCAGCUGAAGGAGGCCACCCAGUCACACCAGGUGGACAGCCAGGGAGUCAACGCCCACAAGCCCACCUACUUCAACAGCUACAAUGCCAGCAACAGCACUGGCAAGCAUGUGUUCUCACCCAGGAAGCUGAACUCUCCUCGCAGGGUCCUCUCCUCUCCUAGAAAACCUCCCCAGUCCCCAAGAGGUGCUAAAAAAGGAGGCCUGGUGCCAACAUCUUUAGCUAACUUCUUCAAAAUGGGCCGCACCAGCAACAAGGAACCUUUGAGUGCUAAGCAGGAUGACAAAAACGCUUCUACCAAACAAAAAAAGGCACAAGAAGACACCCCUAAAAAAAAAGAGGCCAGAGUCAAAUCACCUGCUACUGCAAUAGUGAACAAGGACAACAGUGAGGAGCAGAGUAAGAAGAUGUCGGCCACCUCGCUCAUCCUCUUUGAAGAAGUGGACGUGAUUUUUGACGAAGACGCUGGCUUUUUUGCCGCCAUCAAGACAUUCAUGAGCACCACCAAAAGGCCGGUCAUCCUCACCACUAGUGAUCCUGCAUUCAGCACCAUGUUUGAUGGCAACUUUGAAGAGAUCUAUUUCAAAACACCAUCUUUGCUGGACGUGAGCAGCUACUUGCGCCUGUUGUGUCUGACCGAGGACACAAGGACAGACCAGCGUGAUGUCAGCGCUCUGCUGCAAGUCAACGGCUGUGACAUUAGACAGAGCUUGCUGCAACUGCAGUGUUGGAUUCGCAGUGCUGGUGGCCGCCACACGACCACACCAUCUCCCGACACCAACCAAAAUGGAACUGAACUGAAGUCCGAUCUAUGUGGAGAGCAAGCACCCACCCUGACUGUUGCAUCACCCCAGCCUCCGUGUGAAAGCGGCUGCACUGAGAGCCUGCUGGGCCUGUUGAAUAUACAGCCCAAGGGAGACAUUUGGGAGCUGCUUGGGAGUCAGAAAGAUGUGGCGACGUGCUGGGAGUUGCUAACAGAGAGCAGUCGACGAGGAGUCAACCUUCUUUACUCCAACAUGGAGACCCUCUUACCUUUACCCUGCACACAGUUGAGGCCCGCCUAUAAACCCAAGACCCCCUCUGUUACUGUGUCCACCUGCCCUCAGUCUGACACAGCGCCUUCCCAGGCAAGGCUGUUUCACUCUGCAGAGUUGGCCGAUUGCUCAGACGACGGAAGUCCGGUUAAAGUGUCCCACAGGAUGAAGAAAAGCAAAAGAAGACACUGCUUUCCUGACCAGGAUGGACGCCACUCAGGCUCUGACUCAGAGGAGAGUUUCCUCUCUCUCUGCAAACCGCAGACGGCACCACCUCCUGCCAAGGCAGAAACCAACGAGAGUUUACUUCCACAAAGGGAGAAACGGAAACCACUGACUCCUGAAGAGCGGCAAAAGACUCUCCCUGUCUCCAUGUGCCUGGAAUCAAUAAGUGACUUUUUCGACAACAUGUCUGACAUAGACUCCCUUCUUGCUCAUCAUGCGGAUGAUGUCUGUAGGAGAAACCUGCCAGUGAGUGCAGCACUGAAGGACGGAAUGACGGAUGAAUUGAGAGUUGAGAUGGACACACUGAGUUGGGUAAUGGGAGAGCAGGUGUUGGAGAUCCAGGCUGCGGUAGAGGAGAUGAGCUUCCGCAAGUGUCAGCUCUCUGCAGCAGAGACCUUGGACCGAGCGCAGCAGCUGGAGGCGGCGGAGGAACUGACCCUCCCUGUGGCUUCUCAUCGUGAAGGAUGCAACUUCACUCAAAGCAGCCUCUGUCAACCCCAGUUGGUGCAGCAGAGGAGAGACAUCAUAGAGAGUCUGGUGUUCAGAGGAGCGUUUGGCACUGUGGGCAACAGAUCUGCAGCUGCUGUGGACUACUUGCCAGCCCUACGCACCAUCUGCAGGUCAGAGCAGCUUAAGGAGCAAGGCAAGGUGAAACGAAGGUUUCUACACUACCUAGACUCCAUCAAUUUGGGUCUUCCUAAGGAUAUUCUCUCGUACCUUGCCACAGACUUCUAAUAAUCCUCAGAGAAGCCCAUAUGCUUCGUUGUGAACCUUAUAUACACAAAUAAUUAAGAGUUUCUAAGAUAAACUGGAAGAAUGCAGAGCUGUGUGUGUGACAAGUGAACUUUUAGACUCACAUCAGUUCUGUCACAUAGGGACGGUGCCUUUGAAAGACUGCACUAAAAUAACUAAGUUUUGUAUUUUUGUACAGUGUUUUAUACACCUUAGUGUUGAUGUAUUCAUUUGCUUUGUAUUUUUGAUUUUGUUUUUUUAAUCAAGUAGAAACUGCUUAUUAGAGCAAGUGUCAAUCAUUUGUAAGAAUUGAACAUGAAAAAUAGUAUAAAAUCUGUAUUUGUGUAAAUUGUCAUUGACCACAUAAAGUAGUUAGGUAUGAAUGGCAGGCUUUUGACCCCUAAUGACACUUUCACAUACUCACAUUUUUUAAUGUGUAUAUAUAUGUAUAUAUUUUCCCAUUUCUAAAUUUGUACACAUUCACAUCGGGGGUUUGU